AUGGGGAAUACCGACCUGAGAAAGCUGACGAAGAAGGAGCGCCAACUGCGGGAUAUGGUGGAAUCCAUUGAGCAGUUCGUGAACCAGUUCCAGGAGGCACGUGAUCGAGGCUCAGUUCCAGCAAGACUGAAGAAGCUGGACGAGGUCUACGAUUCGUUCUGCGAUGUGCGCGCUGACAUCGAAAUACUUCUCGAAGAAUGCGACACCGACGAUGAAGAGAUGAAAGAGGUUCCACCAGCGGUUCGCGAGCAGGCCAUGGCGGCCAGAGCAAAGCAACGUAGCGAACAAAGUUCCAAGAUUCUGAAGGCGUUCAUUCAACAAUACUUCCGACUGAAACAGGCAUUAGAAGCAUUUAUGCACGGCCCCGGUUCAAGCAGUCAACUGGAUCCGGGCCCAACGAACAACCCACCGACGGCGGCUUCUCCUAUGCGUGUGAAGCUGCCCGAGCUGAAGAUUCCGACGUUUCGAGGAUCGCUCAUGGAAUGGGUCACUUUUAGGGACACAUUCAAAACCCUAAUUGUCGACAAUCCACACUUGACCGAUAUCGAUCGUUUCACAUACCUCCGAACUUCGUUGGCGGGAGAGGCGCUGCAGCAGAUUGCGUCAAUUGACCUCACGGCGGACAACUACUCCAUAGCGUGGCGCUCACUGGAGUCACGUUACGCAAACAAGAAGCUCCUGGUGAAAUCCCACAUAGAUGCCCUGUUCGCAGUCAACCCGAUGAAGAAGGAGUCCUUCGAAGCGCUGAAUCACGUCAUCGGCGAGUUUGAGAAGCAUCUUCAUAUGCUGACGAAGCUCGGCGAGAAUACUCAAGAUUGGAAUACACUUCUGGCACACAUGCUGGCCAGCAAACUCGAUCCCACAACGCAGCGGCUGUGGGAAACGCAACAUCGCUCCACAGAUGUUCCCAAAACCACCAAAGGAGCCGAAAAAACCCUCGAAGUUCAGUAG